AACGUCCUCAGAAUGUGACAAAUUUCACAUGCAGAAAUUACGAUUACAUUAACAUCACAUGCAGUUUUAACAAACCACAGAACAAUAUUUUAACCACAUAUAAUUUAAGUUACAUAUUAGAUAAUAUGCGUUCAACAAAAUAUCCAAUGGAGUCCUGUGAACCUAAAGAUAGUUCAGUUUAUUGUUGCUAUAGAUCUAAAAUAGGUCUGAAAAGAGAAUUUUAUAAUUUUACGCUGGAGUCGAAUAAUUACUUGGGUACAAAUAUUCAACAUUUUUCAUUGGAUUUAUAUAAGAAUGUUGUGCCUGAAAAACUAUACGUUGAAGUUAAAAAUAUUACGGACAAAAGUGCAACGCUAGUAUGGAAUCAACAUCAAACAGAGUUCUAUAAAGAAAUGGGUCUUGAAUAUGAAAUUUUAUUACGAUACGAAGGACGUCAUUGGCAUCAGUACAAAAUUGUUCAAUGGAAUAGAACAUUAAAUGUUAAUGUACAAUUAGACCUGCCGUUUGCUUAUUAUAAAUAUGAUUUUAAAGUACAUGUUAGGGUAGCUAAAAGGCCUAAUGACGACGUAAUUCCUUCAAUUUGUUUUGAUGAUGAUAUAUUCAAUGUAAAUAAUAUGUGGAGCAAAUCAUUUGAAAAUAAAUUUGAAACAAAAUCAAGAACACCGGAUUUCGCACCAAAGACCGCAAUAGGAAGUUAUUAUAUUGGUCAAAGUACAACUCAAUUAUAUUGGCACGAUAUGGAAAAAUAUGAAAAAAAUGGUGCCACAUUUCAUUAUAUCGUUCGAGAAAUUGAUCAAUAUUCCAGUAAUAAAUUUGUGAAUCAAUGGACCACUAAUAGUUCUGAAAUAAUUUUGAACACAACUGAUAGCCGUACUUAUACUGUUUCAGCCUGGAAUGAAAUUGGUGAAUCUAAUGAUAAAUCAAUUAUUCGUGUUUUUGAAGCAGAAACGUUACGAAACCCUAGUAAUGUUGCUUCAGUUUAUCAUAACGAUUCUUAUACGUUAAAAUGGAUCGCGCCCAACGAAUUACCAACCAACUAUACAGUUUAUUGGUGUUUAUCCGCCAGAGAACAACAAGACAAAUGCAAUGGCACCAUAAAUUUUGUAAAAGUAAAUAAUAAUGAGACUAACUAUACAACGCCACCUCAAAAAGUCUCUCUUAAUUUAGCUGUAUCAGCUAAUUACCCCAAUUAUAGUAGUGGAAUGAUAUGGUCUAAAUGUGCAGCAGAUAUAUUAAGUGAUCUCACAGAACUAAGUGCAGAAGUACGGGAGAAAUCUUCCAAUAAUAUACAUAUACAAUGGAGUUUGGAUAAUGUCUGUAUUUCAAUCAUUAAAGGCAUUAAUAUUACCUACUGCCCAUUAUCAAGUGAUAAUAUCAUGGGAAAAUGUAACAAUAUAACGUUAUCUGGACAAGUGAUACAUUACUCUUAUAACAUAACUAAUCUGAAAUCGUACACAAAUUAUACAAUCUCAAUACGAAUGUAUUCAAAAACAAAAAGAGGACCCAUAACUACACUAACGGAGCGUACAAAUGAAUCUGCUCCAAGUGCUCCGAGAGACUUAAGAAUUUAUAAUGAUUCAGUAACAAGUAAAUCAAUCAAUAUCUCAUGGCUACCACCAUUGGAAUUUAAUGGACGACGUAUUGAUCACUACACUAUUAAUUUCAAGAAAAUAAAUUCUACAAUAGACGAACACAGAGAUAUUCUCUAUGAAAAUGUAAAUACAACUAAUAACGAUCAUGAUCGUCGUAUCAAUUUUACUUUAGGAAGCCUGAAUAGUUAUACUGAAUAUGAAGCUAAUGUAACAGCAUACACAGUUAAUAAUUCUGUAGCAAGUAAUAGUGUGAGAUUCAAAACUCUAAUUGGGGGUAAGUAUAAACUAAAUUAAUGACUUAAUAAUCGAUUUUA